UGUCAGCACCACUGGCUAAGCUGGGCGGAGGGAGCACGAUAACGACGACUAUGAACAAGCGAACGAGAUUAGGCGUGGCCUUGUUUGCGGUGGUAAAUGCUCAUUUCUCGGUGCAGCGUGUCGGUGCCUUUGCUGUGCGUUCUUGCGCAAGAUGCAUGAGAUCUCAACCUGCGAUGACGGUGGACUCGCCCCCGCUCAGUAGAGCCCAGAUGUUGAGAGCAGUUCCUGUACUAGUGGGCGUGGCGGCCUUUCAUUCUGCAACGCCAGCGGAGCCUGCACGGGCUGCUCUGCCUACAACAGAAGAUUACGCUUUUGGUACCGGCUCAAAGACCUCUGCACGGACCUCCGCGUCAACACAAGGACAGGAGUCGAAGGAUGCCUGUCCAGACUGUUCUUUGUCUGAACGGAGAAAACGGGCGGCAUCCUCGUCAGCAGUACAAAGCAGUCCUUCAAAGGUCAAGAGGCCCGAGGUACAAGAUGACCUGUCGGCUCCGCUCCCGAAGUCAUCUGUGAACCCUGACAACCCGGUGGAGGUGGUGAGAGCUGUGUCCGGGGAGCUGGAUCGCAUGCAGACGCUGGUGAACAAGGAGCGCUGGGGAGACGCGCUAACGCGGCUGAGGAGCUACCCGUUGACGGCCCUGAAGAGCCCAACGUUGGGCAUGAAGUCAGUGGGAGAUGUGGCCCGCGCACUCGGAGUCAGCAAUUCUAAGGCUUCUGAUAUCCUGGAGGCCAGCAUGGAAGCAGGGUUAACUCUCAGGCAGGUGGAAGACGUGGUGUUCAGCAACACCCGCACGCUUGAGUUCUUCAACAGUGCCGACUAUAAGCAGGUUGAAGACUUGGCCAAGGAUCGGACGCCCACAGACCUAACGGAGCCGUUACAACUGCUUUCCGACACCAAGAAGUUGGUGAGAGGCGUGGCGGACUUGAUGGGGGCUCCGCAAUAAAUGGGGGUGGUCCCCCUUCUGUCCCUCUUUGUUGGUUCAGAAGUGUACCAGUGGGCUCCCUCCACUGACCGGCAGAGGGACGGGAGCAUCCCUGGACUCUCUCUAUGUCCCGUGUCGUUGGUUGAAUGAUUCAACUAGAAGAAAGCCUGCUCCUGAGAUGAUGAGUAACCUGCGGUUGACAAGGGGGUUGCCUGGCGGCAAUGACAUCUCACUCGAAACUUCAAAGACUGGAGAGAAGUCGGUAGCGACGCCGUACAGCUUGCGUGUGAGCUCCACUACAUCUGGCUGGCGAUGGUGACAUCCCGCAGUUUUGAGCCACUAAAUUCAUGACAACGCACAGAGGUUCCCGUCGUUGCCCACCAGUUUUUUUGGGUCACACACAACGAUACUGUUGUUGUUCGUUCCAAGCACGGGGGCGAUGGCAUAGUGGUAUGCCGUUUGACGUCACGUUGUGGCACGGGGAUGCCCUGUUUGGUUGGGGUGGUGGUGGUCGACGUUUCCAAAUUGCGCAAGGAGUGUCUCGCGGCGGUGUUGCGUGAUCAUAGGGAGGGGAGUGGGUCGAUAUCGUCGUGUGUGCUGCACGCUGCUUUCGGCGGCAUGUUGUUGGUUUCGUCCCCGUCGAUUCUGCCAGUUUAUGCUGUGAGCGCUGAUUUGAAACGAAGACAAAAAAAAAAGUCUACACCUUUGGGUACAUGCACCGAUGUGCCAGGGGCUGUGAAGAGACUCUGUCCUGUAAGUUUAUCUGUCGAACGCGUACGUGUUUCUGGUGUUCAGGCCGCAUUUUUCGCACGAAAACACCCGGUCGGCCUGGUGGUCUAGUGGAUAGCCUCGCAGCCUGCUAAGGGCCAGGUCAUGGGUUCGAGUCCCGGUAGAGAGUUAUUUUCUCACUAAAUAAAUCCUGGUCUAGGAUGAAAGCGACGCGCUGCAAAGCUCGUUUGUUAGUCAACCAUAAUCGACUUCGUAAGUCGCGAGGGAAGGGAUUGCUAAACCCUUCUCGCGAUAAAAAUACCUCAGGCAUGAACCGCAGGAGGGGGUCCAACCCCCCCUCCCAUGUGACCCCGGUUGGGUCGUCUAGCCAGUAGAAGUGGAGGAUAGGGGCCAGAGGGGCAGACGGCAGAGUCCAAUGAUGGGAGUAAAACAAACAAAACAAAACAUGUGUAUCCCAAAAAUGGUGUUGGUCGAAGGAGGGGAGGUGCUGGUUCGCCACGAAAAUCAUCCGCGUUUUUGCAACUUUAGAGGGCACAUUUUUCGUCGGGAUUGUAUCGCGUUACACUCGACUGAUCGAAUUUGCGGGAAUACAGGACGACCAGAGGUGCUCCGCGUUGCGCUUCGAAUGUGAAAGGAAUCUACACGCCGAUCAUAAGUCGUUCGCGACAAGACAAGCAGAGCAGCAUGAGCCGCUGAAUUUUGCCGGCGUCACUACCAUCGCAUCGCAUCCUUGGCAAGUCACACUCCGUCAGACAUGUGACUGCGCUCGAUCAUUCCUUUCUCGAUGGGGGGGUUGAAUCUUCUUUCUGAUUUAUGCUCACAAAUCGAAGCGCAUUUCCUGUUUCACAGUGUAUGCAAACUAGCAUAUUUUUAUGCUCACAAAUGGAAACGAGCUACAUGCAAAAAGAAAAUUACUUUUUGAGCUGAUUGCUAUUAGAGACGCGCAACACGAAGACCAACGGUUAACCAUUCCCUGGGCCGUCGAUUCGGUCAGUGCGUUUCCAUACUACACAAGUCUACAGCAUAUACUUUUACAAAAAAACGAUCACAAUGAAAACAAAGCACUCAAACAACUAGCACGCGUCUGGUACGCGUUUCCAAGAGAGCGGACACUGCACUACCUACAUACCAUUGUACAUACAUAACCUUAGAGCCAACAAACACAAACAGACGCGCCGACCUGGUCUCACCAAUAGACAAAACAAGAGCUCCAGGUAGAAGCUUUGAUAAAAUAACCUAUCGACACUAUCGCACCCCGUUAGCUGGGGCUUGAACAACCUGAGCCGCAAGGGCUCUCAUCCACGCCACGGAUCACCGAUCGUAAGAGAGACAACACUGAUGUGAAGCGAGCUCGACUUACAAUGCUUGCCCCGACCGUCGCUUCUGAGAUUUGCUCUGCCCUCCCGCAUCCCAACUACGCUCUCGCCCUCUCUUCCCCGCCGAGCACCCCCCCCUCCCCUCCCCCUUCUCCGCCUGGACGCUGAAUUCGGGCGCAUCAGCGUCGUAUUCGGUGCUGUGUCUUUCGCGGCAAGCAGCCAAGCCGUCGGUAUAACCACCGCCAUCUGUACAGCUGCCGCUGCUGCCCCCCCCGUUGCCAGCGCCGGUGGUCCUCGGGAUGAGGGCAACGUGGAACGCGCUAGCCUCGCCGCCCUCGUCAAACACGAGCGAUACCGUCAGAAGGGUCGGCCUGUUGCCAAUGCCCGCGUUCGCCAGGAACGGCUGCGCACCAAUCUGCGGGGAUGUGACCGGGCUCUGGGAAGGGCCCGAGGCUGCUGCUGCCAACAGCAUACCGCUCAUCGCGUCUUGCAGUGCCUGGACACUCUCGGGCGCUACGAGGGACCGAACGGUGAGCGUGCUGACGGUCUCCUGGUUGAUCCGCCCGAAGCCUCGCAUGGCGUCGUUCACGUCCACCAGCGCGCCGGCCUUGUCCGCGAUGGCCAUCGGCACGUUGCUCAGCCGGAAGAUGUCGAAGUAGUUCACGACGCGCAUCCUCGCGCCGGUGGUGCCCUCCUCGGACUCGUCGCUGCCGCCGUCCGCACUCCCGGCGUCGCCGCCACUCCCCAGGCUGCCCGUGUACCCGCUGAACGAGCUGUCCGUCGUGAAACCGCGGCUCGUUGUGUCGGUGGUGAAGUCCUGGCUCCCGGAGUCAGUGGUGCCCGCCGAGGUGGAGCCUCCGCCACUGUCGCUCGAUCCCGCGUCCCCGUCGGAGCCCAUGCUGCUGCUGCCACCGACCCCGCCGACCCCGCCGCUGCCGCUGUCGCCCAGGCUGUUCUCGUCGUCAUCGGAGGAGGAAGACGAAGCGGAGUACAACCUCUGCUUCUUGCUGCCUCGGCUAGCGCUGCUGCUGUUGCUGAAUCUGGUGUCGCCGCCGUUACCGCUGCCGCUGCCGCUGCCGCUGCAGAACGCCGACGAGAUCUCGGCUGCGGUUGCUCCGCCCUGCCCCGCCUCACACCUUCUGCCUUUUGCCACUCCUCGCUCUCUC